AGAGUUCCCUUCACUGGAACUAAAGGGCCAAGCCCAACCUCUAAAAAAAAACAACUCCACACCAUAACCCCCCCUCCACCAAACUUUACACUUGGAACGAUGCAGUUAGGCAAGUAUCGUUCUCCUGGCAAUCGCCAAACCCAGACAUGUCCAUCGGAUUGCCAGACAGAGAAGCGUGAUCUGUCACUCCAGAGAACACGUCUCCACUGCUCUAGAGUCCAGUGGUGGCGUACUUUGCACCACUGCAUCCGAUGCUUUGCAUUGCACUUGGUAAUGUAAGGCUUGGAUGAAGCUGCUCGGCCAUGGAAACCCAUUCCAUGAAGCUCCCUAUGCACUGUUGUGCUAAUCUGAAGGCCACACAAAGUUUAGAGGUCUUUAGCUAUUGACUCUGCAGACAGUUGGCGACUUCUGUGCACUGUGCGCUCAGCAUGCGCUGACCCCCCUCUGUCAUUUUACGUGACCUACCAUUUCAUGGCUGAGUUGCUGUUCUUCCCAGUUGCUUCCACUUUGUUAUAAUACCACUAACAGUUGACCGUGGAAUAUUUAGUAGCAAGGAAAUGUCACGGAUGGACUUAUUGCACAGGUGGCAACCUAUCACGGUACCACGCUUGAAUUCACUAAGCUCCUGAUAGUGGCCCAUUCUUUCACAAAUGUUAGUAAAAGCAGUCUGCAUGCCUAGGUG